AUGGAUAUAAUGCAGUGCAUACCGAUCCAGUUCACUUCUCCACCGAUUCUACCACAGAAUUUUGCUCAAAGUUAUCUUAGACAAAAACCAGUACGUGAAAUAUUGUACACACAAACACACACAUACAAACACACGUAUACACAUGCACAAACACACACAUAUACAAACAUACACAUACAUACACACAUAUAUACAUACAGACACACACACACAUAUACACGCACACAUAUUUUGCAUACGUUUUAUCCAGUCAGCAUGUAA